AGCACAGAUCCGUUUCGAAAUCGAAAUACGCACGUUCCUCGUAUAAUAUAAACUGACCUAUGUACUAUAUUGUUAUUGUAUUGUCAAGCAAAUGGCGAUGUCGUUGGCCGUUUCCGGUUUUAAUACCGCUACUCGAGCACGUAAUCGAGAUUUCACUUUAAGAAUUUCUUUUGGGGUUUGAACCCCUACUCCUCCACCCUGCAAACGGGAUUGUAUAGAGGUUCUACCUAUACCCAAACAGGUAUUGUACCUUUUAUGAAAAAGUAGGUGCGCUGUCCGAAGAGUAUGUGCGCGUACCUGCCUACGUGUUAUUAUUCGAAAACGAUCGAUACGAUUUUAUAUUAUUAUAAAAUAAAAUUCUGGUCUACGCGAUUAUCUGGAUUUCAGAACGUUAUGCGUCAUUGUCAUAUCCGUCCAUUUACCAUUUAAUCGUGUCUCAUCGUCCUAAUGUAUAUUUGAGUGUCAACCAAGUAGCCGAAAACACGUUUUUUAUCUAUCAAUAUUCGGCCGUAAUGGAUUUUUGAUAACUCUCCCCGUCUGGAUAUCUAAUUGUUGUUGGGCGCCUUAAUUCUUCUCGCGUGCUCGGUUGGUAGUACUUGGUACGACGACUGCGGUCAUUUGAGCGUCGAUGUAUGAAGCAUGCACACCUAACAUAUUGUUCUCGGUGAAAAUGUUUUACUUUUUAACAUAGGAAAGUGUCAUAUUAUCAUUAAUUUUUACUUAUAAGAAAAAAAACUCUAGUUGUUAACCGACGUAUAUUUUGGUUUUUAACGAUCGUACAAUUUUCAAAAAACAGAUCUGCUGCCAUCAGAUGAAAUAAAAAUACUACAAGUAGAAUAAUACAAUUCUCAAGCAACAUGGCUGAUGCGACAGGGCGAAGAAAACCAUUUUGGAAACUUUUAUUAGUUUCUAUAAUAAUUACAAUCAUAUUGGUGUUGGAAUGCACAUCGCACGCGGGUCCGAUCAAGCGCGGUAAAGUGGACGACGACGCGGCAAACUGCUCGGAAUCGCGGACGUGUACGAAAUGCGCGGAGAGACCGUCGUGCAGCUGGUCGUUGAAACGGCAGACGUGCGUGAACAUGACGCGGCGGCCUGAGCUGUUGAUGGUGAACGUCCGCUCGCACUGUCCGCGGCUGACCGCCGUCGACACGUUCGUCUACAAAACGCAGCUGCCGUUCGCGUACAAGGUGAAGGUGUCCAACGACGUGAGCGGCUUCGUCAAGUACCUGGCCCGGACCAACGUCACGUGCUCGCUGGAGGGCGCCGCGCACAACGGCACCGUGGACGAGGACGCGGACACCAUCGAGUGCGCGGCCAUCAGCAACGACCAUCUGCCGGCGGACGAGCAGCGGCUGAUGGUCUACCACUACGGCGUGCAGUUCGACGGCGUGCCGUUGCGCAUCGACGACGGCGCCAACAACUACUUCGCCGUGUACGACGCGCACUUUUGCCGCGCCGCCAACAAGACCGAGCGGUGCGUCGAGUGCUUUUGGGACGACCCGGCACCGCUGUACACGACGUCCUACUACAAACGGUGUUCGGCCGGUAACGCGUGCACCGGCCUGUUCGAGUACUACGAUCGCCGGACGUCCGGCGCGCGAAACGAACACGCGGCCGCGGAAACGCGAGUGGACGGCGUAUACGGACCGCCGGCGGGCGCUUGUCCGGACAUGACAAUCGCGUCCGUGGAACCACCGACGGCGCCGUGGUCGGGCGGCGCGACGCUGGUGAUCACCGUCAAGAACCACGACUUGCUGGCCGAGUCGCGAAAGCCGACCGUCACGGUGGCCGGCCGCGAUUGCAUCUACCCGAAGACGGCCGACCGGGAGACCAUCACGUGCACGGUCGGACCGCCGAAACCCGACGACUCGGCCGCCGGUCCGGUGCACGUGUCGUACGGGCCGCUGCGACUGACGUCCGCGCAGACCUUCCGGUUCGUCUACCCCGAGCCGACCGCGCUGAGCCCGACCUGCGGCCCCGUUUCCGGCGGCACGCUGUUGCGCAUCGCCGGCCGCCACAUGGACGCCGGAAGCACGGCCACCGUGUCCGUGGGCCCGGCCGACGUGCCGUGCGAGCUGGUCGCCAGGCACGAGGACCACCUGCUGUGCGUUACCGGACCCGCGGACGGGCCGGCCGCCGGAGCGGUCACCGUCGUGUUCGACAAGUCGCUGAAGCGGACCGUGCUGCAGGGCGCGGUCGAGUUCCGGUACGCGGGCGACCCGGUGCUGAGCGCCCGACAGCCGUUCACGGGCAUCGCUUCGGGCGGCACGUACGUCGGUGUGCGCGGCCGCCAUCUCGCGUGCGUCGGCAACGCCACGCUGUACGUGGACGACCCGGACGGCGUGCGGCACUACGCCGGGUGCGCGGUGCGCAACGACACGUUCAUGGAGUGUCGGUCGCCCGCGCUCGACGCGCCCCGGCAGCCGUCAAACGCCACGGCCCCCGCCGUCCCGGUGCUGUUGAACUUUGGUUUCCGCGUGCACUUCGCCGGCCACACGAUGGACCUGUCGCCGCAGCCCGACUUCCCGGGUUACCGGCUGUACGCCGACCCGGUGUUCGCCGACUUCGAGACCGACGGCCGCAACGUGACCAUCAACGGCCGGCACAUGGACCGCGGCUACCGGGCCAACGUCGACCUGGCCAUCAGGUUGCGCAACGCCAAGGGCGCCGCGUGCGCCGUCGUCGACACGCAGCGGCGGCAAAUCGUGUGCGUGCGACCACAGCCGCCGGCCGCGGACGACGACGACGACCUGCGCGAGCUGUACGUGACCGUCGGCCGCGAGUUCGUCCGCACCGUGAAGAGGAAGAAGAAGAAAGCAGGCGACGACGACGGCGGCCGUCCCGCGUCGAUGGGCUUGUUCGGCGCGUUCAUGCUGUUGGCCGGCAUCUUCACCGGCGUGUGCUUCAUGUCGUUGCUGGUGGGCAUGGUCUACGCGGUGUGGUACAAGCAAUGCGAUAUCCGCCGAUACUUGUAGUCUGCUGCGUCGGCUUCCGUUACCUAUCGAUGCGACCGGCGGACGCGCUCCGACUUUUUAUACUACAAUACUAUAACCAAUUUAUUAUUAUUAUUCGAUUAACGUUUUCGUUUUACGCCGCGUACGACGAUGAUAUAAUAUUACUAUAAUAAUCGUGUAACUAUUUAAAGCGCCGUCGGUAUACAGACCCGCACCACAAUGGGGUCAAUAUCGAUUUUACAUAAUAUAGAUUAUGUGAUCAAACGAUAAUUUAUAACGAUUCGACUAACUCGUGUUAGAUUUAAGCGCUUAUUAUUAAAACAAAUUAAAAUAAUUAUAUUUGACAUAAACGUAUAUUCACUGCAAGAUUGUAAUAAUUUUUACUUAAGUCGGUCUAACUAUAUUGAUUAAUAAUUGAAAUUAAACUUAAUUUUACUAAUGUUAAUAGAAUAUAAUCGAAAAUACAACUAAACAAUACUUUUUAUUUGUCUAUGAUAUUUACAAUAUAUUUUAAUCUAUAAGACUGUAAAGAUUAAAAGCAAGAAAAUGUAUACAAUUGAAACUUUUAACCGCCCAUCGAUUAUAUUUAUUU